CCGGCCGUAGCUGCACUGCACAUGCGUCACUUCCUCCGCCAGCAACACAAGAUGAUCGGAAAAGCGUUGGGAAACUGAAAGUGUCCUGAGCUGCGACGACUUUGAUGGGAUGGCUUGAAAGGCUCGCAGACAGUCACAUUAAGAGAAAAAAACUUGGUAAGGUGAAGCCAUGGCCUGUGCCCGAGUGCCACUGGAUGAGCGGCAGGUGACCGAGCCCGGCCCGCUGGGAAAAGAGCGCACGCUGCCUGCACUGCACCCGGACAGGAAGGAGGAACGCUGCUUUGUGCCUUACAAGCCUCCGCCAGAAGAUGGCUCUCCAGCUGAGGUGGAGGAAUUUUUGGAACUCGCCAGAUUCAUCACAGAGGACCUGGAGUGGCUGCUCGCACAGCCCCACGACAAGUUCUGGUGCCAGGUGGUGUUUGAUGAGUCCCUGCAGCGGUGCCUGGACUCGUACCUGCGUCAUACCCCUCGGAGCCUCGACCUUGCCGCCUUGCCCUCCUCCCCGGUGGUGGCUGAGAUGCAGCACUCCGUCCACAGGGCGGUCUUCUUGACUUUCCUGAGGAUGGCUACACACAAAGAGUCCAAGGAGAACUUCCUGACCCCCGCUGUGUUUGGAGAAAUUAUCUAUGAAAAUUUCCUGUUUGACAUUCCCAAAAUUUUGGAUCUGUGUGUGCUCUUCGGAAAGGGCAACAGCCAGCUGCUGCAUAAGAUGAUAGACAACAUCUUUGCCCAGCAGCCGUCUUACUACAGUGACCUGGAUGAGACGGUGCCCACUGUGUUACAGGUGUUUGACUCAAUCCUGGACAAGUGUGGUCUUCAGGUUGAAGGAGCCACGGCCAUGGAGCCGAUGAAGCUGAAUGCGCACAAACAGCCCACCGCCAUGACCAUGAGCCAGCAGGAACUUGUAGAUAUAAUUUUGUACCUGUGUGACUCGACAACCACCAUCCACGCCUUCCUGGACAUCUUCCCUGCAGCCUGCUCCACCUUCCACUCCCACGGCUUCCUCAGCAGACUGACCUCGUUUUAUGAGACCGCUGUGCCUGGACUUGAGAAGGCGGUGAGGAAGAGAAACUUUGAUGAUAAAGGUCUUCAGGAGGACUUGUGGAAGAGGUUGUCCCACUCCCGUCGAAAGAUGGUGGAGACGGCUCACCUGCUGCUGCACCACACCUGCCUACAACCGAUCCUGGAAGGGAGAGAAAACAUGCAAACGUUUGCAGAGGAACUCCUACAGCAUUUCACAUCUUUUUUAGCUGAAAAAAGGUUCUUGUCAGACUACGAUGAGCAGUUCCCCAUCACAGACGACAUCAGCCUACUGCAACAGGCCCUCCCUGUCAUUGAUGAAACCAGGACGUCCUACCUGCUUCAGGGGCUGGAAAGUGCCAGGGACAGCGUGGGGCGACGGAAACCACAGAGCCAGAUGCAGCCUGAGGCCUCCCCGUUGUUGUCAGCCAGUCAGGGAGCAGCGGGCGGGGCCGCUGCCGCCUCUUCAGACAGCUUUAAACCCCAGGAGGUCCAGGAACCAGGAGGAGGGGAGAGUGUGAGGGGAGCAGAGGCCAUGUUGGAUGUUCCCCGAAAAGGAAACAAUGGCGCGGCGUGUCCGGUGAGCGGGGCGGAGCUGGAGUCUCUGCUGUCGUGUAUCAGGGACCUGCUGCCGGAUUUGGGCGAAGGCUUCCUGCUGGCCUGUCUGGAGGAGUACGACUACAACUCCGAGCUGGUUAUCAACAACAUCCUGGAGGACCGGUUAGCCCCCGGCCUGGACAAACUGGACCGAGCCAUGCCGAGGCCAGUGAAUGAGGAGCUUCCAAGUGUUCUGGGAAACAGAUCCAACGUGUUUGAUGACGAUGAGUUUGACGUCUUCCGCAGGGACCGGGUGGACAUGUCCCGCAUCUGGAAGGGCCGGAGGAAAGGUGAGAGCAUGCGAGAGAUGCUGAACGACAAGGAGCACAUAGCGGAGCAGAGAGCUCGUUACCAGGCCUACGAGACGGUGGUGGACGAGGUCGUCAUUGAACCUGGGGAGACUGCAGCCGCCUACGGCCUUGACGACUACGACGACGAGUACGACGACACCUACGACAUGAACCAAGUGGGAGCUAAUGACCUGGAUGGAGACAGUUUGCUGAGCAGAAGGCCUUUCACGGUCCCACAGGUACUGAGAAAAGGAAACAAACCAGAGGAAGAGGAGGAGGGUGAAGAUGAAGAGGAGGAAGAGACUCUCCAGAACAACGUAAACAGGGACCAGUUUGUGCAGGACCCGGCUCUGCUGAGGGAGCGAGCUGAAGCUAAAAGAGCUGCAAUGCAGCAAAGGAAAGGUUUCCGCCCGGAGCGCGCCAGCAACGUUGUCGGUCAAACCAAAGGCCAAGGACAAAGCCUGGAGACAUUCCUGGACCGACGCAAGAAAGAGGCCAACAAGAGCCGCGUGGCCAACCACAACCGGCGCACCAUGGCCGACCGCAAGAGGAACAAAGGCAUGAUCCCCUCCUGACCUGCGUGACGGCGCCGCCUGCUCGAACCAACCGGACUGAUGGUAGGAAGGUGGACGAGGUGUGUGAGACAGUGAAGGGGAAGAAGAAUCAGGUUCUGGUGUCGUUCUUGGUCAAUGGUCGUGACUUUUGAUCCCAUUCCAGUCCUGUAGUCUUUGCCUGAGAAGGGAAGGCCACUGAGGGGUUUUCAGCUGUUGGUGAGGGGUUGAAUUAGUUUAGAGACUUUUCUGGCACUUUGUUAUCAGAAGUUUUCAAGCAGCUCAUUGAAGCGUUUGAGACUCUCAACAUCUGCUUGUAGUCUUGGAGCCUAAAGGAAGGUCGGUUCUUUGGCCUAAAUCAUUUUCUUUUUAUAGCUCAUUAAAAACCAAAGUUCUGAGUGUGAGCCAGGGACUGAGGACAAAGAAUAAGACCUUUAUUUUUGCCAAGUAACAAAUCAGUUUAUUAUUAAGAUCCAGAGUGACUGAAUGAAGUUUCGUUGACAUCAUCAUCAUCAUCAUCAAGUAGACAACAUAGGAAUACAAAGGAUGAGACAUCCAGGGUUUUAGAGAGACUGCAGUUCCUUCUGUAGCUGGAAGAACAAUUCCUGACCCGGUGAUCCAGCCUGGACAUCAGCGUCAGACCGCGUUGCUCUUAAUUUCUCACUCUGCACCAGUAGCUUGUGUGAAAGCUGCUCGCAUGUAGCGUUCAAGUGCAUGCAUGUGAUGUCAUCCACUGUCGUCCAGCUUUCACAGAACCAAACCAAACAAAAAAGUCGAGAGACUCUAUGACCUUCUCAUUACGAAGCUGUGGUGUUUGGAAGCACGUGCUGCUCGUGUCUCUCAGACUAGUUGUAGGGAAAGCGCCUACAUGUUGCCAUGCACAGACUAUUUUCUAUGAAGAGAACAGAUCUAUCAGAGCAUUUUGUAACAAAAAAGCAAAUGUAAUUGCUUUUUGGAGUUGACAUUGCAAAAGAAAACAUAAAAUAAAUAAAAUAAUGCCGUGUUUUGA